AUGUGAGAACCCUAUUAUAUGUGAAGACAUAUUACAACCGUUGGAUCAAUUUCAUCCAACGGUCAUAAUACAACCCGGUAAAACAAAGCUCAUUUAUUUCAAAUUCAUUUCCUGCGUUUUUUCUCUCUCCUCCUUCUUCCUUUCGCUCAAUUUUCUCUCUCCUCCUUCAAUAUUACGGUUUUCUACUCUGUUGCUCUUUGAUUUUUCAUCACAAGUUCUUCAAUCUUCAUCAAUUCUUCGUUAAUUGCUAUGGAUUCUUCAGUUGCUACUGAUAUUAACAAUGCUAAAGAUUAUACAGAUGUACAUUUGGAAAGGAUAAUGAAUUCUAUUGAAAAGGAGUCUGGUGCGAAUGCCGGUUCAUCAGGGGCGGCUACUGUCGAUGCCGGUUCAUCAGGGGCUGCUGACGAGGCUAGUUCACCAGGGGUUGCUGCCGAGGCUGGUUCAUCAGGGGCUGGUGCCGAGGAUGGUUCACCAGGGGUUGCUGCCGAGGCUGGUUCAUCAGGGGCUGCUGCCGAGGCAGGUUCAUCAGGGUCUGUUGCCGAGGCAGGUUCAUCAGGGGCUCUAGUGGCAGAGGAGAAGAUCAGUGAAAAGAAGAGAAAGAAAAUCAAAGUAGUUGCUACAAAGGGUAAAGCAAAAAAGGUUGAAAAAAGAGUGAAAGAAAAGCAUAAUGUGAAGUUUGAGGAUCCAGACAGUGAAGAUGCUGUUGAUGAAGUGCAGAAAUCAAAAUCUGUUGUUUAUGGGACGUUGCGUAAUAGGAUGUCACCUUCAUCUGUUGUUAAUGUUUUUAAGGAGUUUUUUGAAGAUCAGUUGACUGCCAUUAGAGCUAUAGGAUUUGGGUCUUUGGAGUUUUUGAAAGUGUCCCAACUGCCUUUGCAAUUGGGUUUUUGGUUAGUCAAGCACUUUGAUGCUCAUAGUUGUACGUUGAAUAUUCCUGAUUCCGAUCCUUUCAAAAUUACGGAACAACAUGUACAUGAUGUCCUAGGGCUGCCAGCUGGAGGCAUGGAGAUGGAUGCUAAUCUUUUUUCAAAGGAUGAUAAAGUUAUUAACCAGUGGAAAAAAACAGUUCCCAAAGAACUCAUUAUCUGUGAACAUUGGGGAACUUUCAAUGUACUUGAAGAACCAUAAAUCAGCUGGGCCAAUGUUCAAA